AUGACCGAAGCCGAAGACCCCGCCGAAGACGACCGUUCUGUCGAAUUAUCAUCGAUCGUCGCAAUCUUCCCAGAGACAAGGAUUGACCCGGAGUUUCCCUUCAAGGCUGUGUUGGACCUGCCAGUCGCAUUACCGUCGCCCACCCGCGUCAGCUUUCACCAACCGCUCGAUGGCGGCCUCCCCGCAGCGCUGACGCCACCAACUUCCGUCGAUGUCUCAAAGGCUGACCUCGAACAAGCCGCUGUCAGAGAUGUUCAUAUGCUUUCGCAUCUACCGCCACUUACCCUCGAGAUCGAAUUACCAAAUGGAUACCCCUCCGAAAAUCCCCCGCGGGUAAAGCUUACCACCCACCCGCGAUGGCUUUCACCUGCGACCCUCAAAAAAUUGGUGGACGACUGUCAACGACUAUGGAUCGAAUGCGGUCAGGAUAUGGUUGUGUACACAUACAUCGACCACCUUCAUCAGUUGGCAGAGACGGCCUUCGGAAUUCAAGAUGCAUCGGACGGCGAGCUUUCGUUAUCGCGGGACUUGAAGGUCGCAUUACUGGACUUUAACAACAAGACGGAGCGUGAAAAUUUUGAACAGCAAACCUUCGAAUGUGGCGUUUGUCUCGAGCCGAAGAAAGGUGUGAAUUGUCACCGGCUCUUGCGCUGCUCGCAUGUCUUCUGUGUCCCUUGUCUUCAGGACUUUUACAACACAUCUAUCUCUGAAGGUGAUGUCGACAACGUCAAAUGCAUGGCACCGGACUGUGAUAGAAACAAGAACCCCAGCCCUGCUCCUGGCAGUGGAGGCCAGGCUCCACGACGCAAGAAGCACGACCCAACGCUUGGGCCAAACGAGCUUCUCCAAGUCCCACUCACGCCGGAAACUGUGCAACGAUAUGUCUUGCUCAAGCGCAAAAAGAAGAUUGAAGCUGACAAAACCACCAUAUAUUGUCCACGACAAUGGUGUCAAGGCGCAGCACGAUCAAAACGCCAUCCCAAACCACUGGACCCGAUGGCAGAUGACCUUGAAUCGUCGGACGAAGAGGAAGAUUUCGCAUUUGACCCUCGAGGGCCUGAGGAACAACUCCCUCCCCCCGCUGAGCGUGUGGCCAUAUGCGAGGACUGCAAUUAUGCUUUUUGCUCUGUCUGCAGAGGCAACUGGCACGGUGUGCUAGUUCGGUGUUACCCCCGCCGCGCCGCAGAGCAAACCGAAGAAGAAAAGGCCACCGACGAGUACCUCAGACUCUACACGUCACCUUGUCCAACCUGUAACGUCCCUUGUCAGAAGCUUAUGGGUUGCAACCACAUGCGCUGUCGCCAAUGCGACACCCAUUUCUGCUAUCUCUGCUCAAGCUGGCUCUCAGCCGACAACCCAUACGAACACUUCAACAAUGGAAUAAACGGUUGCUACAACCGUCUCUGGGAUAUGGAGGGUGGUGACGGACUUAACCCAGUGGGCGCCGAAGAACUGCACCGUAUUCCAGAACAUCUACUCCAUUUUGACGAGAUAGAAGACGAUGACAAUAGUCUAACCGAUGAUAACGAUGAUGAUGAAGACGAUGAUGAUGAACUUCCGGUAUGGGACCUCGACUUCAGCGACGACGAACUUGAUCUCCGGCGUCACCCUCCGCCUCCCGCACCCGUUCCACCCCGUCCGCCUCGCGCAGCACAAGGCCCUGGCGCAGACGACCAAGGUCGAGCUGCCCGUGCCGCCGCAUUAGAGCGACAAGCCCAAGCCCGGGCCAUCGCCGAAAUCCGCAAUCGUCAAGCAGGCGAACGACCUCGACGCCGUCCCCGUCUUGCUUUUGCCGGCCGUCCCCCCUUCCCAGGUCGCCCUGGUGCUCUUCCCGGUCAUCCUGCCCGUUUUCCUGUCCGUCCUCGUGCCGACGAACGGUUCGUGGAAUGGCAAGCUGGCCUACAGCAUUUCCUGGAACUUGUACAGGAUGACCGCGAAGACGAAUGGGAUAGCGACGAGUUGGAUGACGAACUAUGA